GUGGAGCAGCGGAGCGCACAAGCGCCGCGCGUUUCCAGCCGCACGACUCGCAUCCACUUAAGCCCCUCGCGCCACCCACCCUCCGAUCGUUCACGGGCUCACGAUGGCCGCGCUCGCAGAUCUCGUGUCGUGCCCCGCGAAAUGGCCGAGGGCGGCGAUGGCCGCGCUCGCGGCCGCCGUGUUCGCGGUCCUGGACGUCGUCGACGUGCUCCUCUGCCUCGUCUACGGCGUCCUCGACGGCUUCCUGGAGGAGAGCCCCCUCGGCUGCUACUGCCACCGGAGCCGGGGAAAGGUCCCGGCGGCGGGGGAGGAGGAGGACGACGGGGUGUCCGACACAUUGUACGUCCGGAGGAGCGCGUGCCGGGACGCGCUGCUGCGGCUCCUCGGGGCGGUCGGCGGGGGGACGAGGAGGAAGGAGGACGGGUCGCCGGCGAAGGCCCGGAGCCCGAGGUGGUCCGACUGCGGCUGCGGGAAGUGCGGCGCGUGGCGGAGCAACGGCGGCGACCGGCUGCACUUCGUCCUGCAGGAGCCGACGGCGCCCAAGGAAGGUGCAGAGGAGACGCGAAGCGAGAGCGGCCGCGGAGACGACGCCAUCUUCAUCCACGGCUUCACGUCCUCCUCCUCCUUCUGGGCGCAGACCGUGUUCCCCGAACCCGCCGCCACGAACCACCGCAGGCUGAUUGCCGUGGAUCUCCUCGGCUUCGGCGACAGCCCCAAGCCGGCGAACUGCGCGUACACGCUGCGAGACCACGUCGAGGCCAUCGAGCGGAGCCUCAUCGAUCCGCUCCACCUGGGUUCCUUCCACCUCGUCAGCCACUCGAUGGGCUGCACCAUCGCCAUCGCCCUGGCCGCCAAGCACCCAGCGCGGGUCAAAUCGAUCACACUCGUCGCGCCGCCGUACUUCCUGCCGUGCGAGGAGGAGAGGGCGAGCCAGGUGGCGCUGCGCAGGCUCGCCGAGAAGAAGCUCUGGCCGCCAUUGCUGUUCGGCUCGGCGGUGAUGUCUUGGUACGAGCACAUCGGGAGGACCAUCUGCUUCGUCGUCUGCAAGAACCACCGGUUUUGGGAGUGGCUCAUCAAGAUCCUCACGCGCACGAGCGGCGUGGACAUCGUGGUGAGGGACCUGACAAGGCACACGCACCACUCGGCGUGGCACACGAUGCACAAUGUGAUCUGCGGCGGGGCGAGGGCGCAGGACCGGAACCUGGAGGCGCUGGCGGCGGCGGGGGUGCCGGUGAGGGUCGUCCACGGCGACGGGGACCAGGUGGUCCCAGUCGAGUGCAGCAGCCGCCACCUGAAGUCGAAGCUCCCGCACGCGGAGCUGCGUAUCAUCGGCGGGCGCGACCACCGGACGGUGGUGUUCGGCAGGGAGGAGGAGUUGGCCCAAGAGCUCCGGGCGUUCUGGUCGGGCUGCGAGAAGGCAGGGUGUGCAUGCUAAUGGAUGCUGGGGAAUGAAACGACGCGAAGUCUCAAACGAUGCCGCAUAGUCAUAGUGUACAGAACUACAGGACGAAACUGUAGGAAACAUGUUGUUCUUCUCUUAGAGCAGCGGGAUUCUUGCUGGUAAUUUUUUUAGAAUGAAGGCAUCACGCCAUGUUCCAUUUUUCAUUGAAA